UACUACUGAUCAGGUUGUCACUAAUGCUGGUACUAGCCAGGGUAUAUACAUCGUUUACAUGAUAUGUCAAUAUUUCGUAGUACAGACAGAAUUAAACAAAGCACCAACCACUGGAAACAUGUCUCAACAGCAGAACCAAGAAAUAGAGGAACAGCACGAUGACCUGACUCAUGAUCAGAUUGAAGAAUUGAAGAAUGCUUUUGACGUGUUUGACAAGGAUGGCAAUGGAUUUAUCACCAGUAAAGAACUUGGAAGUGUUAUGAGAUCCUUGGGACAGAAUCCUACAGAUGCAGAGCUUCAUACUAUGAUCAAUCAGGCAGACUUAGAUGGAAAUGGUAUCGUAAACUUCCCUGAGUUUGUUGCUAUGAUGCUGAAACGACUGGAAGGAAAUGACAAGAACGAAGGAAUCAGAGAAGCCUUCCGUGCUUUCGAUGUCGAAGACAAAGGUUUCAUUUGUGCCAAUGAGCUUCGUCACGUGUUAAGUAGCCUACAUGUCCAACUGUCUCCGCAAGAUGUGAAUGAGAUAGUCCAGGAAGCAGAUAUUACAGGCACUGGCAAAAUCACGUUUGAAGAAUUUGCCUUCAUGUUUGACAAGUAGCGACAAUGUACGGCAGUGACGUGGAGUAUUGCAGGCUGGUUGUGGAAUUCCCUCCAAUGAAACAACUCUUCAUUGUCUUCAUGCACAAAAUGUCUUCGUAUAUUACCAUGCACAGCAUACAAGAACGUCUGAACUAUAUUAAUUUUCAACUAUUUUUUACUUUGCAGUGCAAACGCGACGCGCUAUACACGCAUCGUACGAUGUAUACUAUAGGUUUUCUCGGUCAAUUUCGAAAAAUGAGCAGCCAAUUUAAUAGUCAGUGGUUCGAAUUAAAGCUAUUUUGCCUCUUCGGUUUUUACUGCGUUUCAAAUUCAGAAUUCGGUCAUUCAACUUCGUUUUGACGCAUUCAAGUUCCUAGCACACUAAUCCCUUUUUUUCAUGUCACUAUGGGUGCGUUCGUUUAGCUUCCCUGGGUCGACCCCGGUGUGUGGCGGGUUUUUUCCCAGG